GUAUAGGCUUUUGAACGCAUGACGUAUUUUCGCGGAAAUAUUUGCGUUGCCGAAAUAUUUUACUUUCAGUUUUUGACACAUCACUAAUAUUUGAUAAUGUCGUCUGUGUCAUCCGGCUCAUUAAAUUCACAAGAUGACAAGUAUUCGAGGAAGCGAGAUGGAUACCUGGAAUGGAGUGACUAUUUCAUGGCCAUUGCAUUCUUGUCUGCCCAACGGAGCAAAGAUCCACGGACACAGGUUGGGGCCUGUAUUGUUAACGAAGAGAAAAAGAUUGUUGGCAUUGGAUACAAUGGGAUGCCGAACGGCUGUUCAGAUGAUAACAUGCCCUGGGGUCGUGAGGGAGACAAUAUUCUCAAUACAAAGCAUGUAUGCCAUGCGGAACUGAAUGCUGUUCUAAAUAAAAAUUCAGCGGAUGUUAAGAAUUGCACUAUCUACGUAGCGUUGUUCCCAUGCAAUGAGUGUGCGAAAAUUGUGAUACAGGCUGGUAUCAGGGAAGUCGUGUACUACUCUGACAAGUACAAGGACAAGCCUGAAUUCCAGGCAGCAAAACGCAUGUUUGACAUGGCCAGGGUCAUUUACAGACAGUAUAGGCCGAUUCAACAGAAGAUUGUGAUAGACUUUGGCACUAUAGACGAGAUGUCCAAUGGAGUUCUAGCAGACAUGGAAAGGAUGUCCGUAAGCCAUGGGAAGGCUGAAAGCCCUCCUGCAAAUGCCAACGGCCCAGCAGAUUCUUCUGAAAAUGAAACUUGCCAAAUAGAUUCUACUAGCUAGCUUGCUGCGAAGUGCUUUGGAAUAAAUUUUUCAUCUUAUAUGUUGUUAAUGACCUUAUUGAGAUUUCAUGCCCAGGCAUUUGAAUAAUUAACCAAAGCUUUUUCUGCAAUUAUUUGUGUGGCUAACUCUUUCCUUUUGUAAGAAUAACAAGCUAACGGUCUGCACAGUGUUGUCAACCAGGUCCAGAUUAAAGUGUCUGCUUGAAGAGUAUUAGAGCCUCAUAUUUUUAGCAUACCUGAUUGCAAAGCUUAGCUCACCUGAUUACAAAUGUUAGCUUACCUGAUUGCAAAGUGUUGCUCACUUGAUUACACAUGUUAGCUUACCUGAUUGCAAAGCUUAGCUCACCUGAUUACAAAUGUUAGCUUACCUGAUCGCAAAGCUUAGCUCACCUGAUUACAAAUAAUAGCUUGCCUGAUUGCAAAGCUUAGCUCACCUUAUUACAAAUGUUAGCUUACCUGAUUGCAAAGAUAAGCUCAUCGGAUUACAAAUGUUAGCUUACCUGAUUGCAAAGCUUAGCUCACCUGAUUACACAUGUUAGCUUACCUUAUUGCAAAACUUAGCUCACCUGUUUACAAAGCCUAGCUUACUUGAUAAAGAAGUUAAGCUUAACCGAUUUAAAAGCUAAGCUCUGGUGAUAACCAAGCUUAGCUCACCUGUUUACAAAGCUCACAGAGAUCACAUUUUAUUUCGCUAUUCAGUUAUGGUCAUUAGUCUGGGCUUACUUGUCCUCUACCUUUGGAUCUCGGUUUGUUUAUUUACUUCCAAAACAAGGUUGCAGGUAGUGUUUAAGAAAUAUUACACAAAACAGUAUUUAACUUAAUUUUGUAUUUCUUUACUUUGUAUGAUUAAUAUUGUAUUGCUGUCAUUUUGCUUAAUAAGUAACGGUAUACAUUUUCUGUAAUUAAGUAAAAUCUGUAAGGAAAGACAUAGACUAUUACAUGAUGUUUAAAGUACUUAAUAACGUCAUAAUGCAACUAUUAAACUGAUUGUACCAUUAAACGUAUACAUGUAAAUAUUUUCGUUGCUGAAUGUUCUGUCUGUUGAUGCAUGUUAACUUGUUUUGUAAUAAUUUCCAGUUGCCUCUGGAAUUAAAAUGUUGUUUUAACAGUUUACAUGAACAGAUUCUUGUACUUUUUCAAAAAUACCAUACAAUUUGUGAAUUUUUAAGUGGGUAUGUUGUUCGUUUGUCAGACUGAGGGCUUUUAUUUUAGCCACUGGCUAGGAAUGCACUUUCAGAAAGAGUUUAACCUUACACAUACAAUUUAAUUUUAACCAUCAUUGACCAAACUUGAGCAAACGUUCACAUUUGGUUUGAGAGCAUAAAAACGGAUCCAGCAGAAGCUGUUAAAGACAUCAGAUAAGCCAUGGUGAAUCUCUUUAGAUGGCAUAAAUAAGCUAAUGUUUUCUGCCAUUACUUGAAUUUUUGCAUUACUUUCAUGGUGGUAUAUUAGACAUUUGCAUAGUUACGAAGUCAUGAACAGUACAGUGUUACAUUUUAGUGGAUUAAUUGAAUGCCAAGUCCUCAGAUGGUUAUUCAAUGUACUUUAAUAGCUCAUUAGUUCUAACGAAAGAAGACUAGUUCAUUUAACAAAUGCAAGAAUGGCAUAUAUUCUUUAUUGUACACUUAAUACCACAGGCGCUUCGGAAGCUGUCAUUUAUUUGGGCCGUAGAGAUUUGCAUUAAUCAAUGCAUUUUUUCAUCAUUAUCAUUUCAAACAUGCUGUAACUGUGAAUUAAAUUAUAUCUUACAUCA